UAUCGUGGUUUUUGUGGAGGUACAUUUAUUUCGUCCCUUAGUUGUUUUAAAUGCUCCUAAUUUAAUCACAAGCCGAGUACUUUCUGCUUUGUCUUUCUGCACAAGAAUGAUUCCUGGUUCCGUUGAAAACUGGAAGUCCACACACAGAAGGUUGUUCAACUAUCAUCGUAGGCUGCAAAGGCUCCCAGAUUUGAAUGGGACAUUGGCAACGGGGAUAUUUAACGAGCAAGAGAGCACACAUGUUCAUAUGGAAAUCUGCUUUCCUGUGGGCUCUCAGUCACCAACAUCGGAUAUUGAGCCGGUUGUGUUAUUUCCAUUAAGGCAGACUUUCCCCCUGAGCCAUACAUGCAUGUGGACCCGGCACUUCCUCCUGCCAGGUAAAAGGAAAUGACUUUCCCACAUGUCUUCUCCGUGAACACAUCCGCCGGCCCAUGUUCCCCUUCUCGCCCCGCCCCGGCACGAUCCACGGCCUUCAGAGGGGGGGGGUUGUAGCGAGGUCCCGCUACUUUCUCCUCCAUCUCCGUGGACCCAACGGUCCGUCCGCUGCUCUCCGCCUCUUAACAACAACAACAACCAACAUGGGCGUCGUGGGCCUCGCUUCGGCCGUGCUGCUGGCCGCCUCCGUCGCCCUGUGCUCCGGCGGGCGCGCGGACGCACCCCGGGGAGUCGCGGUCGGGUUCGUGUUUGACCCGAAGGCGAAGUGCGACCCGCAGUGCGACCACGGAGGCAUCUGCAUCCGCAACGGCACGUGCUUCUGCUCCAAGGGCUACGAGGGAGAGACCUGCCAGUAUGCCAACUGUUAUCCCAAAUGUAAGAAUGGAGGAGCAUGCCUUCGCCCUGGAAAGUGCAGAUGUCCUCCAGGAUUUGGAGGAAGAUACUGUCACAAAGUGACGUGCGACGGGGGAUGCUGGAACGGAGGAGAAUGCAUCGCUGUCAACGGAGUGGCCAAGUGCAUCUGCCCCUACAGCUGGGCCGGCUCCAAAUGCCAGGAGGCGAUCUGUCCCCAAGGCUGUGGGAACGGGGGGAUCUGCGUGGCUCCAGGAAUCUGCAGCUGUCCGGAGGGAUGGCUGGGUGGCGCCUGCCACACCGCUGUGUGCGCUCAGUCCUGCCUGAAUGGAGGGAAGUGCAUCUCUCCAGACAAAUGCCGCUGUCGCCCCCCUUACUCUGGCCCUCGCUGUGAGGAGAGGAAAAAGUCCCACUAGUGCUGAGGUCAGAGGUCAAUGAGGCCCAACACGGGACUUCAUGCUGAUGAGAACUUUUUUUUAAAGCUUUUACAUUUCUUAUGUAUUUCUUUUUUAAGAAACCUUGAACCUGGUCAUUUGGUGGUGUAAACACGUACUGUAAUUUGUGUCAUGAAAUUAAUAAAAAGAGUGAAUUGCAUUGAUUAUCAAAGGACAUUUUAAAAGGACUUUAUUCUGUAAAAUGUAACUUGUACAACAGUGUCAUCUGAAGUUGUCAGAGUUUAAAAAAUAUAUAUAAAUCAAAACCCUAGAUGUAAUUCAAACAGGGGGUCAUUACUGUAACCAAUCAAAAAAUAUAUUAAUA